AUGAGUAAAAACCUCAUUAGUGGCGUGACGUGCUGCGGGCUACUGUUACUUGCCCACUGCUUUCUGGCGGUAAACGCGGAUUUUUCCUACGAUGACCCGGACCGCUGGGCGGAAACGGAUCCCGAAUGUGCCGGCUCACGCCAGAGUCCGAUCGACAUCGUGCGGGCGGCGACGGUCGCGGCUCCCGAGCAGGACUACCCGUUGAAGCUGCAAGGAUUCUUUCGCCAGCCCGUCACGAUCACGGUGGAGAACAACGGUCACACGGCCCAGUACACGUUCGGGUGGAGCAAGGAUAGUAACCGGCCAACGAUUCGGGGUGGGCCGCUGGGCAGCUCGAUCUACGCGUUCGAGCAGCUCCACUUCCACUGGGGUGCCGAGGACGAUCGCGGCUCGGAGCACACGUUCGACGGGCAGGCUCUGCCGCUGGAGGGACACUUUGUGUUCUUCAACCGCGAGUACGGCACGUUCGAGAAGGCCGUCGAGCAACCGGAUGGUCUGGCGGUGAUGGGUGUGCUGUUCGAGCUGCGCGCAAACCGGGCCGACGCCAAGUGGGCACGGCCGCUCGGCAAGAUACGGCAGGCCGGAUCCAGCGCCACGCUCACCGGUAAGGAUGUGUUCAGCCUGAACGAUGUGGCCGGCACCGACUGGGACCGGUACUACUCGUACCCGGGCAGCCUAACGACGCCUCCGUGUGCCGAGAGUGUGACCUGGAUCGUGCGCAACGAACCGUUCCCGGUGGCCCCGAAGGAUCUGCGGGCUUUGCGGAACUUGCUCGACUCGAACGGUGAGCCGCUGGUUGACAACUUUCGACCGGUGCAACCGCUCAACGACCGUACGGUCACGCGCUACGGGUUCUAAGCAUACGCGCCCUCCGGCCCAGCCUCUUCCAUGCUGGCCCGAUGCUGGGCACUACCACCCCCAACACACUGCACACCAAACCUUUUGCACACCCUCGAGCAUAGAGCAUUGUCGCCGUGGACGCUGGAAUUCCGGGCCUAGUGGGCUUGCGGAUAUAUUACACUUACGCGACGGUGCUCGACCUAUCGCCUAGAACGCGCGGAACGACCGGAAAACUGGUUAUGGGCCGGGGUAAGCUUUCGUUUCACGGUCAACCAUUAAUCAGCCAGCCAGGGCGCUCAGAGUUUGGGAUAAGGUCUGGUGGGAGCGGCCGCCACAGACGUGACCGGAGAGUGAUAGCAUUUCUAUCGGCAAACGUGAACGGUCCGUGGCUGCUGCAUGGUUCGGCACGGAGCGAACUGUAAU